AUGGAGCCAACACACAGAGCUUUGCCCGUAGGAUUCAGGUUUCGUUCUACAAACUGUGAGAUUUCAAACUAUUUUUUGAAGAAAAAAGCUUUAGGACAACCCAUGAAAGCUCGUACGAUACCUGAAGAGUGUCAUGAUAUCUUCUCAAGACAUCCGCAUGAUCUGCCUGGUUAUCCAAGUGAAGAACAUUGGUACUAUUUUUGCAGAAAACGUGACAACCAAGUUACUAGUAACUCUCAUAAUCUCUGGACACCAAUCGGAGAAGAAACCAAUGUGCUAGAUCCAAAGAAUAAUGAUGCAUUAGUUGGUAUUAAGCGUCGGUUUACUCUUAUUGCGCAAGAAGAAGAAGAAUCUGAUAAUAUUUGUUUAUCUGAUGAUGAAGAAGCUUUAAAGUAUAAUUGGUUCAUGGAUGAAAUUAGCCUCCCACAAACAGUAGCGAAUACUGAUUGGGUUUUAUGCCAUAUUUUUGGCAAGAAGACUAAACCCGAAACUACUGAUUUGUCCACAAUCGAUUCCGAAUCCGAAUAG